CACAGACUCCACAUCGCACAUCUUCUGCCGCUACUGUGAUACAAACGGUUCCCAUUUUACAGUUUACCCUUACCCAAUCUCCGCAGCACACCAUCUACAAUCCUGUAAUUAUCUGCACAAGCACUAAUACAGUAUACCUCAUAUAAUCUGUGUGCAACAACUAUGACUGCUACGCAUAAUUCAUCAGAGAAUUCAUCAGUGGACAUUGAAAAUCCGAAGGAAGAGAUCAAGAUUGAUACUAAGAAUCGGCGAGCUGAAAAAGUUCUAUGGGCGGUAGCACUUUUGUCGUUGGUCUUCAUCAUCGCCGAAUUUACCGGUGGCUUAUUCGCAGCGUCUUUGGCCAUCAUGACCGAUGCUGGUCACAUGCUGUCAGAUUUACUCUCAUUCAUCAUCUCAAUUAUGGCCAUAAGAAGUGCAAGACAACCACCCAGCAAGAGGCUCUCAUGGGGUUACGAAAGAGCCGAGAUUCUUGGAGCAAUGGUUUCAAUCAUUAUACUCUGGGUCUUGACCACAGUACUUGUACUGUUGGCCAUUGAACGGAUAGUCAACAAUGACUUGAGCGUUGACGCAGACAUUAUGCUGAUCACCGCCGGUGUCGGCGUAGGCUUUAACAUCAUCAUGGGUGGUGUAUUGCACUUUGGCAGUGGUGGACAUGGUCAUGGUCAUGUAGGGCAUAGCCACGCCCAUGCUCAUGGACAUCAUGGAAAGAAUGUGAAUAUUAGAGCUGCAUUUAUUCAUGUAAUUGGAGAUCUGAUUCAAUCGAUUGGCGUCUUGAUUGCUGCCGUUGUCAUCAAGUUUACUGGCUGGGAAUACGCCGAUCCUAUUUGCACAUUCUUCUUCUCAAUCAUCGUCCUUUUCACAACAAUCACAGUACUCAGGGAUAUAUUCUUUGUACUUAUGGAAGCCACACCACGACACAUGGAUUUCAAUGCAGUAAAGGAAGACCUAGCUGCAUUAGAAAAUGUUCAAAGCGUGCAUGAUUUACACAUGUGGUCAUUAAAUAUGGACAAAACAGCAUUAUCCGUACAUUUGGCCGUAGAUUCAUCAGAGCACGCGUUGACCACGGUAACAGCCGCCCGCCAGCUAAUCCGACAGAAAUACGGUAUCUCAAAGGCUACGGUACAAGUGGAAUCAUACGAUAAGAGCAUGAACUCAUGCGAGAUGUGCCUCACGUAAUGAACUCACGUCAUCAGCGCACGUGUAACUGUCAGAGCCCAUAUGAGACUUUAACCGGCUGGGACGUCAGCGCAAUGGGAGCGAACGGUUCUGAGCGUAGAGUCGGCUCGAACACAUUCGCCUCCACCACGUUUUCUGUACUUUACUGUUCUGUAAACCGCAUCUGGUGUGCAUUGGAAGCUGUUUCAUACCAGUAAAUAGCCAUCAUUUCGUCAAUCUCCUUAGUUUUACCGUAUCUGCACACACACUCUUCGCAAACACAACACACCCCACCAAGUAUUGCUCAGGGUUUUUUACUUCACAUUGGCCUAAAUGUCGUGCUCAAUGUUGUUCGUUUUUAUUCUACUUGUACUUAUGCUCACUCUUGUCUUUUUUAAUUUCUUGCACUCAACUGUUGUCUAACUUGUUUUUCUUCUCAGAUAAUUUUAUUACGCAUAACAUUUUUUGUAAGCUUAAAAUAGCUAGUAAGUGAGCGCUAUAUACGGGAAGUUGCUUCAAUGCAUCAUGUAGCUGAUCGAUUCUUUAUUCUCACUUGAAUUUUUGUUCUAUUUCAUUCCUUGAUAAGUUUGUUAUUAAGUAAUUUGCUCUCUAAAAGUGCUCAUACAGCACUGUGAUAAACACUACCAUUUUUUGUGAACUACCGCAUUGUAAAUGCACUUAGUCUUGAGUUAGCAACUCAAAAUCUGUGCAGUGCCUUCAUUUUUCAAAUUUGUUGAAAUAUUGUUUUACAUUGCGACAAAAAAGAAUAAAUGGUUAAUAAUUGCCGG